UGGGAUCAGCAGGCGGCUGUGCGCUCGCACUCCGGAUCGGCCUCCCCACCGCGCUCUUGCCUCCCCGCUCCCGCCGCCGCAGCCCCAGGGCCCCUCGCCGCCGCCACCAUGGACGCCAUCAAGAAGAAGAUGCAGAUGCUCAAGCUCGACAAGGAGAACGCCUUGGAUCGAGCGGAGCAGGCGGAGGCCGAUAAGAAGGCGGCAGAGGACAGGAGCAAGCAGCUCGAGGAGGACAUAGCGGCCAAGGAGAAGCUGCUGCGGGCGUCGGAGGACGAGCGGGACCGGGUGCUGGAGGAGCUGCACAAGGCAGAGGACAGCCUCCUGGCCGCCGAUGAGGCCGCCGCCAAGGUACCCGGGCGCGCAGCGCGGCGCACGAAUGGCUAACUCUGUCUCUCUCUCUCUCUCCCUCCCUGUCUUUCCCUUUCUCUCUCCCGCUGUCCCUGUCCUUCUGGCUCUGUGCACCCACACCCCUCCCCUGCGGGAUCACGCUGCCUGCUGCACCCCCCUCCCGUCCCCGUCCCCCACGGCCAACUCCCAGCUGGAAGAUGAGCUGCUGUCGCUGCAAAAGAAACUCAAGGGCACCGAAGAUGAACUGGACAAAUACUCCGAGGCUCUCAAAGAUGCCCAGGAGAAGCUGGAGCUGGCGGAGAAAAAGGCCACCGACGCUGAAGCCGACGUAGCUUCUCUGAACAGGCGCAUCCAGCUGGUUGAGGAAGAGUUGGAUCGUGCCCAAGAGCGUCUGGCAACAGCUCUGCAGAAGCUGGAGGAGGCCGAGAAGGCAGCAGAUGAGAGUGAGAGAGGCAUGAAAGUCAUUGAAAGCCGAGCCCAAAAGGAUGAGGAGAAAAUGGAAAUUCAGGAGAUCCAACUGAAAGAGGCCAAGCACAUCGCUGAGGAUGCCGACCGCAAGUACGAAGAGGUGGCCCGUAAGCUGGUCAUCAUUGAGAGUGACCUGGAGCGUGCAGAGGAGCGGGCUGAGCUCUCAGAAGGCAAAUGUGCCGAGCUUGAAGAAGAGUUGAAAACUGUGACGAACAACUUGAAGUCACUGGAGGCUCAGGCUGAGAAGUACUCGCAGAAGGAAGACAAAUAUGAGGAAGAGAUCAAGGUCCUUUCUGACAAGUUGAAGGAGGCUGAGACUCGGGCCGAGUUUGCGGAGAGGUCAGUAACUAAAUUGGAGAAAAGCAUUGAUGACUUAGAAGAGAAAGUGGCUCAUGCCAAAGAAGAAAACCUUAGUAUGCACCAGAUGCUGGAUCAGACUUUACUGGAGUUAAACAACAUGUGAAAACCUCCUUAGCUGCGACCACAUUCUUUCAUGUUGUUUUUGUUUUUUGUUUUGUUUUGUUUUUAAACACCAUGCUCACCAUGAAACCCCUUAAAUGCAUUUUUAUUUACUUUUACCACUGUCACAGAUACAUCCACAAAGUACCAGCUAGAUCAGGGGUGGGAAAGACACACACACACAGGCAAGCCCGUGUCAAGGCGACAAUGAUUUAAAUGUGCCAUUUCCCAAGUUGACGUUGCCACACUUCGUAGAGAGUUUAGCAACACAGUAUGCUUAGUCCAGGAAUCCUUGCUGAAGCAGAAAGAUUUCCACUCAAAGUGCCAAUGAUACAUGAACGGGAAGAUUAAUGUUGGAAACACAGUCAGGUGUGGAUUGGUGCUACUUUAAACAAAAGGUCCCACUGUGGUCUUUUGUUCAGUAUUGUACAAUUUAGAAUUCUGUCCAACACUAAUUUAUUUUGUCUUGGGUUUAACGAUGAGGUGAGACUACGGAUCCUGGCUGGCAGAAUUCACUAAAGCCAAGGGUUUGUAAGCCAACAUGCUCUUCUGAGGCUUCUGUUUUCUUUUAGUUGGCACAUUUGCAGUUCGUUACAGCUCGUGGGAUAGCAUGCGAUGUGGAUUUCCACCAUGUUCAAGUGAAAGAUUUAGGCACCACGUACAAUGGUGAAGAAAAAACAUUGUCUUAAGAGUUAUAACUGUAUGGAAACCUUGUAUAAUGAUAUGGAAUAAAUGCACAUUGUAGGACAUUUUCUAAA